GAAUUUUAGACUUUUAAACACAAGUUCUCAUUGAUUCGCUCACUACAAAAUUAACUAGAGAGUAAGAACAGAAAUAUGAUUAAUACACCUCAGUGAAUUUUAGACUCUUAAACACAAGUUCUCAUUGAUUCGCUCACUACAAAAUUAACUAGAGAGUAAGAACAGAAAUAUGAUUAAUACACCUCAGUGAAUUUUAGACUCUUAAACACAAGUUCUCAUUGAUUCGCUCACUACAAAAUUAACUAGAGAGUAUAAGAAAACAAAAAUAUGAUUAAUACACCUCAGUAAAAUUCUGUGCUAUAUCCGAAGACAUACGUCACUAAUUAUCAUAAUCACAUGAAAGCGAAAACAUACAACUACUUUUAUGGCUGCAUGUAUGUUUUCUGUUAUUAUAAUACCCAGUCGUCUCAUGUUUGUAUGGAUGAAAAUUAUGAUCUCCAUGUUUUAGCCUUUAUAAUACAUGUAUAGAGUUAUCACGUGACGACGCUCCGUCAGUCGAUAUAAUAAUUAAUAUGCCUUAUUUCCGCCUGAUGCUCUUUGUCUUUUGUGGAAUAAACAAGCAUAAAACAGACUCUCGGUGGUCUAAUUACAAUACCACUGAACAGCAGUAACCUAUAAACAUUAUUGUUAGCUUACAAUUAUAGAACGGAACGAGGAAAAUUAUCACUAUAUCCUGUGUUAUUUGUAAUUGAGGCGUCCGAGCUCUUUCAUGCUUUUAACAUUCACAUCGUCAUGACAUGAAUUACACGUGGAUUGUAGGCGACUGGACCCAGAUAUCAGUAUAUCGGUAAAAAGCAGUUCUUUUCAUCAUGGCAGGACAUAGAGAAUCAUAUGCAGCCCGUGAUCAUUCACCGGCCUCCUCCUCCUCCUCACCCUCGUCGUCGCCGUCGUCGUCGUCGUCGACUUUGUCAGUGAAGACGUCGGGGAAGUGUCCCCAAACAUAUUUCUUACUGUGUGCGCUCACUGUUGCUCAGGUCGGAUUGCUGUCUCUGUUUUUCAUCUGGACUGUCCAAACUUGUUAUACUCGAUAUCAGCGCGUCAUCAUCGUUUAUCCUAUCGAUUCGAAUCCUCGGCUCCGAUCAAUGAGUAAUGAUUCUCACCGAGACGACAUCAGUCAUCAUCAUCAUCAUCAUCAUCUCCAUGGCAACAAAAGUAACAUCACGACUAAUCUCCUGGGAGACAUUCAGCAUGAGGGGACACCUGUUUUCGGCAAUGAUAGUGGGCAGAUAUCGAACUUUCUAGACUCAAAACGAAAUGUCAGUAUUGUCGGAACGACGCGGUUUGAAGUACUCGCCCUCACAAUAAAAUGGUUAGAGAGUUUGAAGAUAUUGAAUUUAGAUUAUGACGUCACAUUAAUCGUAGAAGACCAACCUGCGUAUAGAAUACUGUCAAAAAGGAAAAACAGUGCGAGAAAGUUAUACAAGACGCGUUUAAAAGCAAGACGGGAGCGGCAAAACGGGACGCGAGUCAUGAGUUUGACACUAUCUGAUUGUGACGUCGUACUGGACAUUCUCGGUUCGGGUAGAGACGUACUGAAUACUGCAACCGAUUACGUUUGGUUAAAAGAUCCCAUACCUCUAAUAUGGCAGAAAUAUAACCAGUGCGACAUUUGGAUCAAAAGCGGGGAGAAUCAAACGCAGGUUUUUAUGUUCCUGAAGUCAUCGCCAAAAAUGAUCUCCUGCGUGAAAGCUUUGAAAACGAAAAUGGCAAGGAAGUCGAAAGCGCCACGAUCAUUGGUUUCCGAUGAUACCCUAGUACAUGCGCUAAGGACUGGGUUGCAUCGCUUCUUGGACACUUCUGAUUUACGUAUAUGCCACUUGGGAGAAGCUUAUUUCCCUUGAGAAAUAUAUAUGUAUGUGAGGAGGAGGGGUAGUACUCUGCACACAAGGGGGUAAUCUUCAUGGUGCCUUGAGAAAGGGGUGUAUUUAAGGAGGAGGGGUGGUACUCUGCUCACAAGGGGCAAAUCCCCAUGGUCCUUUCAGAAAGAUGUGUAUUUGAGGAGGAUGGGUGGUACUCUGCCCAUAAGGGGGUAAUCUUCAUGGUCCAUUGAGAAAGGUGUGUUUUUAAGGAGGAGGGGUGGUACUCUGCCCACAAGGGGGAGAUCUUCAUGGUCCUUUGAGAAAGGUGUGUUUUUAAGGAGGAGGGGUGGUACUCUGCUCACAAGGGGGAAAUCUUCAUGGUCCUUUGAGAAAGGUGUGUUUUUAAGGAGGAGGGGUGGUACUCUGCUCACAAGGGGCAAAUCUCCAUAGUGCGAAUAGGAGCGAUAGAAGAUUCUCAAUGAGUGCAAGAACCCCCAAACCCCCUUUCCCAUUUUUUUCUUGCUAGAACUCUCCAGGCCACGCAGCUAAUAAUGGAGAGUUCAACUAUUGAUGUAGUGGUUAUAGUGGUCACCGUAUUCCGUAAACACCGACUAAGACUGUCUCAAACAAAAUGCAAGUUAAAUCCAAUCCAAAAAAAAAUCAGACAAUGCAAGAUUUUUCCUUUUAGUUAUUGAGUUCACUAAUGGAUGCUUAUUAGUUCAGUGAUAGAACAGUGAUCUCAUAUAAACCAUGAGGUCCAGGGUUCGAAACCAAGUCGUUGCGUUAUAGCGAAUAUUAAUCCUCAUUACCAAGUCCCUCGGAGAGGACUUAAAGCCUACAAUCCCAUUUUGUUUACUCACAGGCAUACAUACCAGUAAUGCUUUCUUAGCAAUCAGGUAAAAACGAACCAUCAAUCAUGAAUUGCUAAUAGUGAUAUAAAUAGAGGAGUAGCUCGAUUUCGAAAGGCCCUAAAAGAUCAAUUUUGGCCAAUAUCGACCCCCACCCCCCUUUUCCCCCAUGGAAAAGUGAUCUUUUUUCUUCAAUAAACGAUAAACAUUGAUAUAAUUAUAAUAAAAUAUGACCUUGUAGCAGUUUAAAUGUGUUUCGCAUGUGGAGCGAUGUGUGUGCAGCGCUUUGUAACCACAAUGAAAAGGCGCUAUAUCAAAUAUCUCUGGGAUUGGAUUGGAUUUGAACAGUUAAAGUGGUUA